AUGAUUUCUUUCUGGAAGAACUUAUUCCAUCGCAAGAAGGUUUUGAGCUCAUUAGAAGCACCUCCGCCAUACAAUCACACAAGUCCUAAAUUCCCCGCAGCCGCCGAAUCCUCCGACCAAUGGUUUAUACCCCAUCAUGAUGUGAAGACUCAAUCCUCCGUGGCCACCCAAACCAAUCCAAGGACUCCAUCCUCUCCGUCUUCGCGUAUUCACAUGCUCACAACAAAUACCCGCCCAGACAUUACCUCGGAAAGUAUUCCACAGUGGAAAUGGAACCAUGCCGAAUGUCGACUAUGGAUUUUCAAAAUGUUAACCGAUAAAUGUGGUAGAUCAGAGCAGCAUUCUUACGACCUGGCUAUGAUGUGGGAAGGCUUUGGCCCGGCAUUGUUCAUGACUGAACACAGUACAUGGCAGAAGUGGUUGGGCUCGAAUGUUGGAAUAUCAAUUCAUAGUGUUAUCAUAGAAAACUUGCGGUCAGAGGGAGCGGUACCCGGCAAUCUAGCAAUUCAGACCAGUGAGCUGGAAUGUACUGAAAUUUCUUGA